CUCACUGCUCAUCUGAAACGAAAGCCAAUCGGUCGUGCUUUUUCCACACGCGCAGCUGCUUUUUCGAUCGUCUCUGUUCGUUUGUUUGUGCUAUAAUAGGCCCCCCGCCCACCGCGAUCACACGGUACCGCACCCCACCCCCGCUAGUCCAUCGUGAACAAAGAGUGGAAAAUUCCCGUGCCAGCCAGCCAGCCAGCCAGAAAAAACCCUUCAACCAUUUGAUCGGGCCCGUAACGCUGCGGCCCCCCGUAAACACCGGAUUCGUUGUAUCCCCCACCUGGAUGGGUGUGAGGCGUAGUAUGCCAGUGAACUGUGCCAACAAGGACUGUCUGGGUCUCCGAAAGCGUGUCUGUGGUCUGCAUCAAACCUGGAAGUGGCUCCAUCAGACGCCCGCACUGCACGAAUACCUAAUCUCUGCCAGCUCCGUUGCUGCAAACACAUCCAGAACCAGCAAAAACGCCACAGUCUAA